AUGGCGGCGCCGCCGCCCUCGCUCUCGCCCGAUUCGGUAUUCGAACAGGACCUCGACCUGCAAAGGCCGCUCGGCGAAGCAACAUCUUUCACGCAGCUGAAGCCGCUCUCGGAGCUCGGGGCAGGCGAUUUCUGCACGGUGCAUACCGCCACGCUUUGCGGCAGCAUGGUCGCGCUCAAGCGCCUCAGGAAGGACCUGGCGCCGGAGCGCGAGAAAAUAGGACUAGCAGAUCUGCGACGCGAGGUGGCAGUGCUCACGAGGAUCAACCACCCACACAUCAUUCGCCUCGUCGCGCAUGGCAUCGCUGACGACGGGUCGCCCUUCUGCUGCCUCACAAUGUUUUCGCAGCCGCUGGGCGCGCUCUUGCCGACUGGCAAGGUUGGCUUCUUUGCGGAGCGGCGCGAGGCGAAGGAGUGGCCACUCGCCAGAGCGGUAGCGGUGGGGCUUCAGCUGGCGAGGGCGCUGCGCCUUCGCCUGCGGAGGCUCCUGCGGCGGCUGCACCUGCUGCUGCGGGUGAGCCCGACGACGACGAGCAGCCUGACGGCGCGCGCAUUCCGGACCUCGAUGAUGUCUUGGGCUGGGGGGGUGGCAAGGGUGUAG